UUCGGGUAUUCUAAAUAUGCUAUUACAAUUGUUAAACUCCCUGAUUCUUACCAUUUUCUAUGUAUCUCAGCCGCUUGGGUCCAUUGUCAGACCCCGGAUAUGUAUGGGCUUAUGGACACCCGUUCAUCUACGGCGUUAAGAGCUCCUCUCCGUCUAAUCCCCUCGCCGUUCUUUUCUCCCUGGCGCCGCAGCUCGCCUACCGCGGCCGGGCAGGAGGCAUGCGCCGCUCCCCGCCUCGCCGGCCUGGCGCGCGCAGCGUGCCCAAGCAGGUCCAUCUGCUUUCACCGCCAACACAGGUGCCCACUUCCUCAUCCUCAUCUCCUCCAACGCUCCUCGGGGUCCAGCAGAAGAUGUCCCCGACAGUGGCCAUGGACCUGCUCGGGCUGCUCGCCGCGGCGUGCCUCCAGUCCUCCACAGAUGUACUACCAGGGCCAGCGCUUGAGUCAGAGCUCCCCAUCUCCAUUUGCUGUUUUCGUAUGGUAGCCAUCCGCGGUCGUGGUCAUCCAUCCCCGACCACGACCAGCCAAGCACCGUGUCACCUCGCACGCGGCCGCCUCGUCAACGCGGCUUCUUGCUCGUGUGCGGCCAGCGACCUUAGCUGCUCGCGCGCGCUCCCUGCGCUUGGCCGGCCAGGCGGUGGCUUGCGUGUGUGGCAGCCAUGGCGCCGCCACUCGACUGCCGCACGCGCCGCCCAGGCCGACGGUCCCCGCGUGGCCGCCAUGGCGCCGCCACUCGCCUGCUCCCCACCCACCGCAUGCGCCGCCCAUGACCGCCGGUGGUCUUCUUGCUCGUGUGCGGCCAGGCGGCCAGGGUCCUCGUGCAGGGCCGCUCCCCGCGUGCGCACGGCCGACCUUGCGGCGGUGCUCCAUCUCGCCCGCGGCUGGUCGGGUGGCAUGCGCGCGUGGCCGGCAUGGCGCCGCCGCUCGCCUGCUCACGAGGGGGAGAUGAGACCGGCGAGGGGUCUGGAUUGGACGGAGAGGACCGGAGCUCUUUAACGCCGUAGAUGAACUGGUGUCCAUACGU